GCAUCACGAUAAUCAAACGUCGAAUCCGAACUUCACCGACAUGCCGUCGACGUUGGAUCUAAGCACAGAGGUGGACAUGAAGUUGAUGGGACGGUCCGACUUCACUGACUUCACUUUCCUAUAAAGUCCAAAUGCUUCGCCAUGGAGCUUCAUCUUCACUCCUCAUCGCAAGCUUCACAGUCUCUUCUCUACAGCUCCCCCUCUGGUGAACACAGUCCUUCCUGUCUUUUGGUGUCUAUUCCGCAAUCAUGAAGUGUUUUACAUCAUUCACUGCCCUCACUGCAAUCUUUGCACAGGCAUCUGCUUCAGCUAUUCCAGCUAUCCGCUCGCCGGCCACUCAACCCAAAAGUGAUGCCUCCUGCGUACACUCGGCUACUUCCAGAUCCUGCUGGGGAGAUUACUCCAUUGAUACCGACUGGUAUGAUGUUAUACCUCACACUGGAGUCACCAGAGGUAUGCGAUAUCACAUCCUCAUCACUAGUCUAGUACUAAUUUAUGCAUAGAAUACUGGCUUUCGGUUGAGAACUCCACUAUAACCCCUGACGGUUAUACCCGCUCAGCCAUGACCUUUAAUGGAACCGCCCCUGGCCCUGCAAUUAUCGCCGACUGGGGCGACAAUCUUGUAAUCCGUAAGUCUCCGAUAGCGCAACGAAUCUCAAAGUCCUCGAUAAUAUCGGACAUUCUCAAUCAUCCUUUUGCAUGAUUCCUUUUACUAACUACGGAUCACAGAUGUCACCAACAAUCUUCAGCAUAAUGGAACAGCCAUUCAUUUCCACGGUAUUCGUCAGAAGGGAAGCUUAGAGUAUGAUGGAGUGCCUGGUGUUACUCAGUGUCCUAUCGCUCCUGGAGAUACCUUGACCUACAAGUUUCAAGCUACUCAAUAUGGAACUACUUGGUAUCACUCUCACUUUUCUCUUCAAUAUGCUGAUGGACUUUUCGGCCCUCUUAUCAUUAAUGGUCCUGCCACUGCAGACUACGAUGAGGAUCUUGGAGUAAUGUUUUUGGGUGAUUGGGCACACGAAACCGUCUUCGAUAUUUGGGAUGCCGCUAGAGCUGGCAGUCGUCCAUCUCUUUCAAACACCUUGAUGAACGGAACCAAUAGUUGCGAGUGCGAUACUUCCGACCCUAAGUGCGUUGGUGGUGGUAAAAAAUUCGAGGCAGUUUUCGUCGAGGGCCAAAAGUACAGAGUCAGAUUGAUCAAUGUUGGAAUUGACAGUCAUUUCGAAUUCGCUAUCGAUGGACACAAUCUUACCGUCAUUGCUAAUGAUCUUGUUCCUAUCGUCCCAUAUACCACUGACACCCUUCUCAUUGGUAUUGGUCAAAGAUACGAUGUCAUUGUCGAAGCUAAUGCUACUCCUGACAACUACUGGAUCCGCGCCAAUUGGGGAACUGCUUGCGCACCGAACUUGCAAGCUGCCAACGCCACGGGAAUUUUGCGAUACAACAGAUCCAGCACCGCAGAACCUACCUCUGUCGGCGUCACACCACGCGGUACUUGUGCGGAUGAACCACUUGCCAGCUUGGUUCCACAUUUAGCAUUGGAUGUUGGUAGCUAUGCUCUCAUGGACGAGAAAUUAGACUGGGUACUAGGCAACAUGUUGACCUGGACCAUCAACAGCAGCUCUCUCGUCCUCGACUGGACCAACCCAACCACACUCCAAGUAUUCCGAAACGAAUCCCUCUUCCCAACCGACUACAACGUCGUUCCUAUCAACAAGGAAAUCGCCAACUCAGACUGGAUCGUCUACGUCAUCGAAGAUCUCACCCACUCCGGUACCUGGCACCCUAUGCAUCUCCACGGACACGAUUUCUUCAUCGUCGGUCAAGAACAGGCUGUCUUCGACCCCGCCAACACUCCCUCUACCUUCAACCUCAAGAAUCCUCCUCGUCGUGACGUAGCUGCGCUUCCUGCUGGUGGUUAUCUCGCCAUCGCUUUCAAGCUCGAUAACCCCGGUUCGUGGCUUCUUCACUGCCAUAUCGCAUGGCACGCAUCCGAGGGAUUGGCAAUGCAAUUCGUUGAGUCUGAGAGCUCGAUUGCCAUGAGUAUGAAAGAUACUAAGAUCUUUGACAAUACUUGCAAGAACUGGAAUGCAUAUGUUCCAACUGAGGUAUUCCCUCAGGAUGAUUCUGGAAUCUAAGGAGCUUGCUUGUUCUGGAGUUGUUGGAUUGAUCAGUGCGAUUUCGAAUGCUUUUAGAAUUCGCUGUUUCCCUGAUGCAUCCCCAUCCCCGGUAAUCAUCAUCAGUCGUUGGAAUUCGAAUGAGUUGUACAUGUAUGUCUUGGGCCAAGUAGCCUUGUGUUACUCGAUUGCUCAUUGGAUGCAUAUGAUGAUACAAACUAAUAGCCUUUCUUUUAAUAUCACGAAUGUCACGAGAAACAUAGAAUAUUUCCUUUCAUGCUGUUGUAUAUAGUCUUUUUUUUACUUAGUCACGUA